AUGAACAGCUCGUGCAACUUCCUGUACAGACAAGUCAUCCGCUCCUGUAAUAAAACCUUCAACGCCGAUGUGGAGGCGAAAGUGAGCGUAUUAAAUGGAGUGAAAAAUAUGAUCAGGGAGCAACUGACGACCAAGGAAGAGAAGGAUAUUAAGCAACAAUUAAUGGAAGCUAACGAUUUCAUUAAAAAUAAUAUCAUUCAGGCAGUGUAUAAUACCAACACAGGCAAUUAUAAAGUUGAGCUCAAGGAAGAACAAGUCAAAAAGGGGUCCAUAACCCUGGGAACAAAGUUCGAUAAUAAUAAGUUUCCCUUUUGA